AUGAUGAAAUGCAUUUAUACUGGGAAUUUUAAUGAUAGUCAUAAAAAAAGGCGGAAAUUAAUGGGUUCAGCUAAGGAGAAAGCGCUUAUUUCUGUAAUCGAUAAAGGAAUUGCUCCAUCUGUAUUUACAAGAAGAGAAGCUAAUGAAAUUAUGGUUGAAGGUGAUGUUUUGCCUGCUCAUAUCCCUAGUUCAAAAAGUGUUAGACAAGCAAAAAGCAAAACAAUAUUAAGUACUAGAUUACACGAUGAUCCAAUCAUUGGAUUAGGUAUUUAUAAAAGAAGUGACGGAUAUGGAGAAGCAAUUCAGGACAUUGGGUUUGAUAAAUUUUUUCUACAUUUUUGGAGUGAUCUUCAAAUUAAGAUAUACAGAGAUUCUUAUACAAAAAUGCAGCCGGUGACUAUUAGUUUUGAUGCUACAGGAGGAGUCUGUAAAAAAAUUAAAAGAUAUGAUAAUCAACUUAGUGGGGCAAUAUUUUUAUAUGAAGGUGUGAUGAACUUAUUUGGUGAAAGUUUUAGGGUUUUGUCCAUGUUAUCAGAACAGCACGAUAAUGUAUCUAUUUUUUUAUGGCUUAAACGCUGGCUUAGACAUGAUGUGAAACCUCCUAAAGUAACUGAAUCUGAUCAAUCUUUACCAUUGAUGUCUGGUAUAGUGCAAGCUUUCACACAAUAUAAUUCUCUUGAAAAGUAUUUGGAAGUAUGCUUUUUAAUAUUAAGCAGUAAUAUAAAGCCUAAAAUACCAACAUGUUUUGUACGAAAUGAUAUAAAUCAUUUCAUUCAUUUAAUCACCCAAUGGCCACCCUUAAAAAAAGCUAAACACUUCAGUAACAAGGAAUUAUUCUCUCGUUCAAUGGGGCUACUUGUAUAUUCUACUAGUAUGAGUGAAGCAGAACAAAUUCUAGAGGCCAUGUUUAUUGUUGCAUUCAGUCCAUCCGAUGACAAAAUUAUUGAUACUAAUGAAUUCACACCAUGUCAUAAAUCCAGAGAAUUUUUGAGAGAAAAAAUAAGAGGAAGUAGUAUGACAUUAUUCAAUAACCAGUUCAAUGAAAAAAAUAUUGAACGAUUAAACACAUUUGAUAUUGGUAUUUAUGAAAAGGAAAUUGAAGAAUUUAACUGUUUAAGAUCAUUUAAGGAAUGGACAAAAUCAAUAGCAAAUAGAUGUAAAAUAAACAUUGAAAAUAUUAAAGGUAUUGGUGACAAUGCACAAUUCGAAAUUGAACUUGAAACAUACAUAGUUAAUGCAAUGAAGCUCUUUCCUUGUUGGUAG